AUGACACUGAGCGCCUUCUCCGCCUACCGAAACUACGUCUGGGGCGCGCCGGAGUUUGAGCCGGUCAACCUGGAGCCCUUCACCAACACCAACGCCGGCACCUACCCCGGGCUGACCAUCGUCGACGCCAUGUCCACCCUCUGGGUGAUGGACCUGAAGGAGGAGUGGGCGGCGGGGCGGGAGUGGAUUGCCACGAAGUUGCACUUUGCCGAUCUGGAUCAGGUGGUCCGCGUGCGGGAGGCCUUCAUGGACUACCUCGGUGGGCUGCUCUCCGCCUACGCCCUCAGCGGAGAGCCGGUCUUUCUGGAGAAGGCAAAGGAGGUUUAUAAAGCCCUAGGUCCCGCUUUCUACGAGUCUACGGGCAUGCUCGCCUACAAGUUCAAUCCCAAGGUAAAAAGUAGCCUUACAGUUAUGGGAAAAAGUUCAGAAGCCACUGCAGUCAAAAUAAAAAAAGUCAAACUGAGCCUGAAGGCCGCCGUCCGGUUCAUCAACGGCUCGCACACCGUAGUGCUGAGCAAUGGAACUUCCGGACCGCUGCAGAGAAUCGCCGAACUUCCCGUUCUCAAAUCUUCUUUCGCUUUAGCAGAACUGAACAACAACACCACCGCCUACGACCACGAGCGACAGAGCGGCAACUUCAUCGCCAACAUCGGCUUCCAGCAGCCAGAGUUCAUCUACAUUGCCAACCUUACUGGAGAUCGGGUGAUGGUGGGGCGGCUGGCCAAGAGCCGUGAGCUGAUGGAGUCCAUUCAGCGGCCGAAAGGCCUGUAUAUGACCCGGGUCGAUGCCUCCACGGGGGCGGCCAUCUCCACCUGGGGCUCGCUCUUUGACGUGGCCACCGAUUUCUACUACAACGCCAUUCGCUCCUAUUUGCAGCUGGGCAGCUGGGACGAGGAGCUGCUGGAGUUGUACGGUAGUGCUAUAGAUGCGGCCAUUCGAGCUGAUCUUUUCAAGGUCAUCGGAGGAAGACUCUACUUGAGGGCCUUCAACACUAAAACACAGCUGCACGCCUAUGGAAUGGAGGACACCGGCUGUCUGCUCGGAGGAAUGUUGGCCCUCAGUUCAGCCGCUUAUCAGCGGGCAGAGAAUAAGGAACGGUGGCGGUUGCACCUUGAUUUGGCCGUCAAUAUCACCGAAACGUGUCACCACGAGGCAAACAGUACGGCCACCCGACUGCUGCCCAAUAAGUUCAUUCUCGGCAAAGUGCUCAACAAUGAGACGUGGAUCGCGUGA